AUGUGUACUGCAAUAUACUUUUUUAACUUCUGCGCUGCUUCCCCACAGAAUCCAACUCCCAAUCCCAACACUAACCAGGUGAGGAAGAACCACGCCUGUGAGGCCUGCGGGAAGGCCUUCAGAGACGUCUAUCACCUCAACCGUCACCGGCUGUCCCACUCGGACGAGAAGCCGUACUCCUGCCCGAUCUGCCAGCAGCGCUUCAAGAGGAAAGACAGGAUGAGCUACCAUGUGCGCUCACACCAAGGCGGCGUGGAGAAACCCUACGUCUGUCCUCACUGCGCCAAGGCCUUCUCUCGACCAGACCACCUCAACAGCCACGUCCGACAGGUGCACUCUACAGAGAGACCGUUCAAGUGCACGACGUGCACGUCAGCGUUUGCCACGCGGGAUCGUCUCCGUGCUCACCUGGUCCGCCACGAGGAGAAGGUGCCGUGUCACAUCUGUGGGAAGCUGUUGUCUGCUGCGUACAUCACCGACCACAUGAGGGUCCACAACCAGUCGCAGCACCACGCCUGUCACCUCUGCAACCGCA